AUGGUUGGACCUUGCACUGUCGACUUUGUUCUGGGCAUCAUGUCCUUACUGGCACCCCCAGGCAAUCUAUCUCCCCGUCCCCGUCAUGAGAUCGUGACGGGCAGCCGACUGUUCACCGAUCUCCCUCCAGAUCCAGAGGCGUGGGAUGCCGACACUCUGCAACGCCUCGAAAACACGCUAUGGGCACUCUUCGAUAGUCCCUUGAACGUGCCAGCCUUUGAGCUGUUCGUUCGCUGCCAAAUCCUCACACCCCGAUGGAUGCGGUCGCUCAUGCGUUCGGGACAGCAAAAGAACUUUCCGGUCCUUCUGCUUGCUAUGUUUCAGUGGAUCACCUACGACCCGGCGGCCAUUCCCUGCGACACUCACGAUAUCACAACAUUCUUGAUGUCGCACAAGGGAUUAAAGCCAGAGGUUAUCGACCUGAAAGCCAACCCUCAAGUAUAUAUGCGAGGCCUCGUCAAUAUCACUCUCCGUUGGAUGUUGAACUCCCGCUUGGCGUCUUUGCCUCGCCUGGGCCGGGUUAAAGACUUGUACACGAGCUUAGGUUCACUUGCUCACAUCCGACGUUUUAUAGAGGACAUUGAGACUGCCAUGUAUCCCCGCCGAAAUGUGGUAUUUACGUAUUUGAGCAGCAGGAAGGUUUGUGCGCUUGUCAACGUUGGAUCUGUCCGACUGUCGCCGCACUAUCUGUCGGAUUGGCAUGUGUCGUUUAGAGAGUUAAAUCGGAGCACCCGAGGGUCGGGUCGGAGCCCGUUUCAAAGAACUGUCGGGACAAGAUCCGAUGGCCCCAUCCAUCUUCGCUACCUCAUCUUUAACUUGACCCCCCGUGGACGCCAAUCGCCCCGUUUCCGCAACGACGUCCUGUUAAGCGGCAGUCUGUUCACCGACCCCCCUCCAGCUCCAGAGGCGUGGGAUGCGGACGCUCUUCAAUGCCUCGAAAGCACACUGUGGGCUGCUUUCAACAGUCCACUGGACUUCCUCAACUUCGAGUUGUUGGUCCGCUGCCACAUCCUCACACCCCGAUGGAUGCGGUCGCUCAUGCGAUCGGAACAGAAAGAAAGCUUCCCUGUCCUGCUGCUUGCCAUGUUUCAGUGGAUCACCUACGACCCCGCCAUUCCCCGCGACACUCACGACAUCAUGGCAUUCUUGAUGUCGCACAAGGGACUCAAGCCAGAGGUCAUCGCUCCGAACGCUGACCACGUCAUAUGCCGCCGGGCCGGUGCUGCCAUUACUCUGCGCUGGAUGUCAUUACCUGACCCAGUCCAGCUUACAGACCUGUACAUGCCCUCAGCCAUGGAAACGAUCGCUCAGAUCCGACGUUACGUAGAGGACAUGACGUUGGACGACGACGAGGACAGCGACAUAAACAAUGUCGGCGAGUUGAUUGACUGA